GCAUUACAACAAACCAACCAGCCAUCCCCAUUCCAACUAUUCAAAAUGGCACAAGCGCCCACGGAAGUGCCUGUAGAACAGACGCCGAAAUCAUUUGAGUCCUCAACCUGGGCAACUGCGAGCGGAAGUGCCUCAGAGAAGGAAAGGAAGGAAAACAAGUCAUUUGAACGCUGGAGAAAGACUCUCUCACUUAUUACUGGUAUUGGUCUAACCCCUGAAGAAUUCCAAGCUGAGGUUGAUAAAGCAGAUCGAAAGCAAUGUGAGCUUCACAAAGAGCGUCUUAUUAAGAGCAGUCCGGGCGUACGGUUCAUGAUGAGCAAUUUGGCAAAGGCUGGCUGCCCACUGACCAGAGAGAUGCUCGAAUAUCAUGGUAUCAUGCUUUGUCAAAAUGGAUUUUUCAGUAAAAAACACCAGGAGCACACAAUGAUUCAUGAGAUGAUACAUAUGUAUGACCAUUGUGUCUUUAAUGUCGAGUGGGACAACCUUCGUCAUCAUGCGUGCAGUGAGAUUCGUGCAGCUGCACUAAGUGGAGAUUGUAACUGGUUGCGUGAGGUGAGACGUGGAAAUUAUACGUUUACAAAGCAACAUCAAGAGUGUGUAAAGCGACGCGCUAUUCUUUCGGUCGAGGCCAAUCCUGAAUGUCCAUCUCGCACUGCAGCAGAAAGAGCUGUUAACGG